AGCUUCCAAAGAGCCACCUCGGGAUCCCCAUCAGCCACAGUGGAUGACCCUCAGGCUGCGGGUCAUGCUCCUUUUACUGACAUCGGUGGUGGCAGGUUCCACUUGAAAAGGGGCCUGACGGUUGGCAGCAAGCAAGCAAAGAAAGCCUUGGGGCAGACGAAGCCAGCGCUAGUAGCAAAGGACAUAUCACAAGCAAUUUGGGGUCGUCAGGGGCUGGCCGAGCGAACCUAUGGGGGUAAAUUAGCCCCAAAAGACUAUUACAAGUCUGGUGCCACUGCAAGGAAGGAGAUGACCCCUGAAAAAGUGGCCCUGGUGAUUGAGACAGUGACAUACUGGGGAUCCCGAACAGGAAUAUCUGUGACACACGCCCUCAAGAACAUGUCAACUAUUCUGCCGCAAAAAAUCCAAUAUGUGCGCAAGAGGAUGAGGCGUUUGGACAUUUGA